UUACAUUUUAUUUAUUUGAAGUAAUAUAAUAUCUAUUAGUCAAUUUCUUUUCUACCUGUAAUGUGAAUUAUGCAUUAAUAAAUGUAUCUAAUAAUGUAAUUACAUUCUGGUUAUGAACUUUAUUAUCCAAAAGUAAAAAAAACAUUUGUAUUACGAUUUAGUCAUCAUUUUAAAAAUGGUGAUGUAACUAUAAUUUGAAUUCAACUAAAGAUGGACACUAGUCGCAAUACAGUUGCAGCCAUAUUAGAAGAAGUUAGAGAUGAUGUGCAUAGUUCAACAAGUCCUUUAUCACAUCCAGCACGUCCUACCAGUACUAAUGAUGCCAAUAAAAUUGUAAUUUAUGUUCAAGACCAAAAUCGUUUUGUGAAAACUGAACAAAAUGAUUUUUUUAAUCAUAUAAAUGAUCAUCCACCUUCUUCAGAGAACUACAAUAAUUUACGUCCAAUUGCAGCAAGAGUACAAAGGGUAUUUGCAUCUUUGGGCACUGUUAGUCAAGGUCUACUUGCAGGAGUAGCAUUGGCACAAUUAUUUUUAGGUGAAGCAUCCCAUCGAUCACCAUUAAUAUUGAUGUCAUUUUUCUUUUUGUCAACUAUAUGUAUGUGCACAGUUCUGGAUAUUUUUGACUUGUAUAGAUGUGAGAGCUUCAAACCAAAAUAUAUUUUAGUAUUAUUCUUAAGUGUAUUAACAGCUUUAGCUGCAUUUGCAUGUGCUACAUAUGAUACAGCUAUUAUGUCUGGUAAAGUCGAAGCUAAAGUUUCAGAGACUUGGCGAGCAUUAAACUGCUGUCGAUGUUAUGGAGCGGUACUUGGAUGGAUUAUUAUUAUCAUAAUGAAACCUAAAGAUCAAUUAGCAGAGUUUCUGAAUACUGAUUAGUUUCUUAGUAAAACAAAAAAAUAAAUGUUUAUAUGAAAUUUCACUAAAAAUAUUCACUAUUUUACAUUUGAGUUAUAUGGGCUUGGAGAAAACGAAUGCUUGAAAUUCACUUGUCUAAAAAUCAAAUACAGUGGUUUAUGUUGAUGAAUUUACAAAUUGAUCCAUUUCCUUGAGUCAUAGUUUGGUUAAUGUGUGAAGCUAUAUGACUUAAUACUUAUAUGAUCUCUACACUUAUGAAUUAUAUCAAUUCAUAUUGAAAUAUUUUUUUAGGUGAUUCCAUUUCACAAUUUUUUUCACUAUGUAUAAUGAAAUAAUAACUACUUAAAAUAUUGUCAAUCAGUAGGUGCCAAUUAAAUGAUUAGUUUUGGGACUCAAAAUUUAGUGAUUGAGUAUGAUAAAUAAAUCAUCUAUUAUAUUAUAUAAUAUUUAAAACGUUAAAAUAAUUUUAUAUUUUAUAGUAUAAAACCAAACCACAUUUAAAUUUUAUAUAACAACUAUAUUUUAUACACCAAAGAAACUAGUUUUAUUAAUAUUUUUAUGAUAUUAGAAUAAAUUUCUAUAAAAAAAAUCUUUAUGUAGAUAAUUUUUUUUUUAAAUUUUAUACACAAGUAGUGGCAAGACUACUGGAGCAAUUACUUGUACCAACAUUUUAAGCACCUGUUUGAAUGAAAAAUUACGGUGCACAGUUUUUUUUGUUAGAUGCCAAAUAAUUGUAUUUUUUUUUUUCAAUUAAAUGUAUAAUCAAAAUCAUAAUCAAAAUUAUUUUUAAAAAAUUGUUAUUAUUAUUCAAUGUAAUAUAAUAAAAAUAAACUUAAUGUACAAAUAUUUAUGUGCCUUAUGUAUAGAGUUAUUGUUUCUAAAUCAAUCUGAAUUGUGUAUUUUAUUUUUGUUUAAAUUAAAAUAUAAUUAUUAGAUAUUUGUAAUAAAAUUGCAUGUAUACUUAUUAGUAAUUAGAAAAAUAUUAUAAUUAUGUUAAUUUGUACUUGUCAUUAAUGGGACAAAUAUAUUUAAUUUCAUAAUUAAUUUUAAA